AUGAUUGUAGAUAAAGAUCUCACAUCAUUCAGAAGAUGGAAAGAACUAAACCCAAAGUUGAUUGAAGCUGCUGCGAAGAAUGAGAAACUCGAGAAAAGUGCCGCCUAUUUGUCUGUGACCUGGAAACUCAUUUUGCCUAUCUAUAAUAUUGAAGAAUACUCUCAGCCCGUGAAAGAAGUUCCCUUGGAAACAAUCGAAUACAUUCAAAACUAUCUUGCCAAAGCUCACAAAAGCCUGGGUGGACUUGCUCAAGGAAAUGAUUCCAAACGAUUCCAUUUCAUUUCACCUAUUCUUAUUUGUGUUGUAUUUUUGUUUGGUCCAAAUGAUCCGGUUGAAAUCGUCAUCGAGGAAGAUUUAACUGGUGUAAAUGUCAAAGCUAAUGGGCAUUUUGAAUUCAUGCUUAAAAGAAUAUGUAUUGUCCAAGCAAAGAAGGAUGAUAUGGAGCAGGGAAUGGCACAGGAUUUAGUUGGAAUGGAGGUUGCGUCUGAUUUGAAUGGGUUGGAUACUGUUUACGGGAUAGUCACAAAUUAUGUUGAAUGGAUUUUCUUGAAAAACCACAACGAUAGAGUUGAAAAGGAUGAUGUUCUGCAACGUGAGCAUGGAAUCUCUACUGUUGAAUCAUUGAAGAGAAUUGCUGGGAAGAUUUAUGCUUUGCUUUCGGACGACUGA